UUAUUUAUUAAAAUCCGACAAAAAUUAUUUGUAUUAUAUGUAUAUAUAUAUUGUUCAAAAAUCGUAUUUUUAUUUUGGAUUUGUAGUUUAGACUUAAUAUUUUAUAAAAUUGUUAUUGUAGUUUGAGAAGAGCGUCAUUGAUGAAAUAUUGGCCGCCGAUCAGUAGGAAAUGUCUUAGGACGUAUAGAGCGAAAAUGUUAAAUUGUAGUAAACGCUUCACAAGGUCCUCUUCCUCGUCCAAUCCCAACGAACACCACUCUAGCUCCAGUGCACUAAAUGAUCGCCGAAAAGGAUUUCACAAGCCGACAGUUUACCAUGUAUUAAUUGUGAUCUUCCUUGAGUUCUUCAGCUGGGGCUUACUGAUUUCAGUCGGAGUUAGGGUGCUAGAAAUGACUUUUAUGAACAAUGCCUUCCUUAUGAAUGGGCUUAUCCAAGGUGUCAAGGGAAUACUAUCGUUCCUGAGUGCGCCAUUGGUUGGUGCCCUGUCUGAUAUCUGGGGUCGCAAGCCUUUCAUGCUGUUGACUGUCUCAUUCACAUGCUGUCCCAUACCGUUCAUGAAGUCGAGUCCCAUCUGGUACUUCACUCUGACGUCUCUCUCCGGCGUAAUGGCUGUCACAUUCAGUAUUGUCUUCGCUUACGUAGCCGAUAUCACAACCAAGGAGAACAGGAGUUCUGCUUAUGGUCUGGUCUCUGCGACGUUCGCAGCCAGCCUCGUAGUCAGUCCCUACAUCGGGACGGUUCUCGAACGUUACUACGGCGACGACUUUGUGGUCUUUGUAGCGUCCGUCGUGGCCACCAUCGACAUCAUCUUCAUCCUUAUCUUCGUCCCCGAAACAUUGCCAUGGAGACCGGGUCUGUGUAAGGACCACGAAGAAGAUGACGACACCGUCACCAUGACAACGACGAUGGUAAUGAGUGACGUCAUCAUAGCAGCUCCCAGCAGCGGUGGUGGAGCCGUUGCUGGUGGAGGUGGAGGUGGCGGGGGAGGGAGUGGAAGCAUUAGCAGGCUCAGCUGGGAGAAAGCUGAUCCGUUCGCGUCCUUGAGAAAGAUAGGGCACGACAAGUUAAUCGUCAUGUUGGCCCUGACAGUCUUCCUCUCCUACCUGCCAGAGGCUGGGGAGUACUCCAGCAUAUUCGUCUACCUGCAAAUUAUAAUGGACUUCUCACCGGACAAAGUUGCUGGCUACGUGGCUAUGGUGGGGGUGCUGUCCUACCUUGUUGCUAUCGGGCUGAUGCGCCACUACGACAACAAGACCACGGUCAUCGUCGGAUUGGUCUUCGAAACUGUUCAACAUUUCCUCUUCGGUCUCUUCUCUCAACAUUGGGUGUUGUUCGUGGCCGGGGGUGUGGCAGCUCUAGGGAGCAUAACAUACCCCGCCAUCUCUGUCUACGUGUCUGCCAGGGCCAAGCCAGAACAACAGGGAGCGAGUCAAGGAGUGAUAACAGGUAUAAGGGGGCUGUGCAAUGGUUUAGGGCCUGCCAUGUUCGGCUUCAUCUUCUAUCUCUUCAAAGUGGACAUAACCAGCAUCAACAAGCCGUCACUCAGCAACAACAUCAACACCUUCAACAACAACAACAACAUCACAACGACAGACCCAACACUGCACUCAAAGCUGAUUAUACCUGGACCCCCUUUUGUGUUUGGAGGGUUUCUCGUCAUGGUGGCCAUCAUUGUGGCUUCUUACAUGCCUGAACCUCUGGGCAGUUGCCAUGGAAACAGAGAUGCGCAUGGAGUUGAGUCGUCGGUUACCAGGGGAGAUAUUCUUCUUGAACCAAUGGAAAGCAGUCAGGUGGACAAGACUCCACUAUUGGAUACAACUGACGAUAGUGACAACAACACCAGCCAGUCAAGUCACGUCGUCUAACAAUCUACCUACCUAUCAGUCAAUCAAACUUCAUUUGACGUAGAACGGACCUCCUUCAUACCGCCAAUCACACAAUGCCGUUUCGUAACUGCAAUAACAAUCCACUUCAUCUCGCAUUUUAAUUUCACGGCAUGGUCGUGCUUUUAAUGUUUAACGAACUUUCUCUGUGUCAUAAUUAGAAAUAUGUUAAUAAAUUU